AUGGCGCUUGGUAGCACCGGUGACGCCGUGUUACUUGCUGGUUGUGCUCUGUGGAAGAAGCGAAACUUAUUGCUUGGACUUAUUGACCCUGUCCUAGAGCCUGUCGUGAAGACAAUCGUGUUGGCGGUCGUUUCUCUCCUUGUCUUCCGACUCGCUCGACUAUUAGGGAAGUCUCGAGAAGUAAAAAUUCCGCAAUGGGUGAGCCCAGCAAAGCCGAUGUUGUUCCCUUGUCAGACAACCCACACAAGGCUAUUCCCUAAAAAACACUCAUUCGCGUACUCGUAUCUCAUGGUCGGAAUCCCUGUUGGCUGGGAAGGUGUCGCGGGCGGCAUGAUAUCAACGGGCAAUGCGUCAUCUAGCAAGUCUAGGAAAGGGUGGUAUCAGAUUGAUGCUGCCGAUUAUCUCGAAAGAGGCAACGGCCAUAUUGGAUUAAGAGGCAAAUUGGAUUCUUAUUUGGAGUCACAGGGCGUUGGACCAUCUCAGUACCCAUAUGCGUACUUGGUCACAGCAGCCAAGUUCCUGGGUUAUCAUUUCAACCCUGUGUCUUUCUGGUAUCUCUAUUCUACCGAAAAAGACAUGACAGCUGUGAUACUUGAAGUCAAUAAUACGUUUGAUGAGAGACGCAUGUACUUCUUGCCUUCCAGCGAAUCUUCAAUCAAAGCACUGGAUGAUGUCGAAGUUACUAGCUCAAAUAUGCCUGCCUGGAAUGGUCCCAAGAAGACGAGCCCCAAACCAUUACGAAGAGCCUGGCCGAAAGACUUCCAUGUGUCGCCUUUCAAUUCUAGAAAGGGAGACUAUUCUCUCGUUUCACAUGAUCCUCUGGCUCCAUCGAUGGAAGGGAACGGAUCGAUCGACAGUACGAUCAACCUAUCAUCUUCCAAGGAGCAUACAAAGUUGGUGGCUCGUAUCAUCUCGGAAGGCCCAGCCCUUGACCCAGGAACUAUGAGUGCAUGGCAGAAACUCAAGUUUCUUUCGGCCUGGUGGUGGGUUGGCUUCGUCACAUUUCCGCGUAUUGUCAAAGAAGCCGGCGCUCUGUUCUUCAAGCGCAAACUGCAUGUCUGGUACCGGCCAGAGCCCUUAAAGCAAAGCAUGGGGCGGCGGGCCGAUGAGACAGAGAGGCAACUGGAGACCCUAUUCCGGAGAUAUCUGCGGUAUAUGGUUGAUCAGUGUCCCGCCGCGUUGGUGGUGCAUUAUGUACCAAGUGGCUUAUCAGACACCAGCACGGAGACCAUGACAUCGCCUGCAGCGAAGAGUAACUCAGACCUGGUAUCAUCAGAAGAGAUGGAAUUCAACGUCUUGACACCAGCGUUCUAUUCAAGGUUCAUCCACUACGCGCACGAUCUGGAAGCAGUUUUCUGUGAGCUGAAUGAAAGCCGCACGAUCUGGGUAUCUCGGCCAGAGCUUCUUCCGAAGCUUGUCCUCAAGAAGCCGCCGCCACCUCUACACACAUCGAGUUAUCUCGACUAUGGGUACUUCAAACUUAUUCAACGCCUUCGCCAAAGACCAGAGAGAAUCGAAAGGCCGAUGACGUCGAGCCAACCUUCGUCUGAGGCUUCCGACACUCAUACAAAGGUGGAUAUUCGAGAUUUUCGACUCGCAUCCAUGGACGGUUACGUGCUAGCUCACGAAGAUGGCAAGUCCCGACAGUUAUACAGAUCUUUGGUGCUGAAGUUAUUCGUUGCCAAUGGUUUGGCCAUGGGCAGCGUGGAGUUGCUCUGGCUCGAGCAACUUUUUGUCAGGGUGUUGCUGGCCUGGCUUUUGAUAUGA